AUGAAUGGUUCUUCUGCAUCCUCCUGUCGUUCCAGGCAUAGAAGUGCAGGUGGUAGGGCAAAAUGUCAAUGUGGAGUUCCUCUAAUGCUCUACACUGCUGAUACUCGUGAAAACCCAGAAAGGAGAUUUCUUAGGUGCAGAAAUUGGCAGCUUCCAUGCACAUGUGAUUUCUUUUUUUGGAUUGAUGAUCCAGUUGAAGGUAGAGAACCAGUUAUACCACAUGUGGAUACUGAGACAAUGAGUUCUGAGAUUGGCAAUUCAUCAAACCACAAGUUUGUGCAGCAUGAUCAUGAUUUGAAGAAAAAAAUGAAAAAGCUGAAGAAGAAACUUGAAGUAGAGAGAUUUCAGAAGAAUGUUGCAAGUGUGAUUGCUGUCAUAUGUUUUUUAGUGACAGUGUGGUGUUUAUGUAAGGGGAGGGUUUAA